AUGGAGCCGUGCGUCCUCGCCGCGGGGGCGCAGCGCCGGCUGCGGGCGCAGGGCGCGCGGGGCAGCCCGGCCAUGCGGGCCCCCGGCUGCGCGGCGCUCUGCCUGCUGCUGCUGGCGCAGGUGGGUGUGCAGCAGGCACCUGCGUGCGCCGUGGGAUCCGCAGCGGCCUCGCCGGGGAGCCCGAGCGUCAGGCGUCCUCCUGGCCCCGCGGAGUGGCCGGGCUGGGUGGAAAAGGGCGAGUAUGACCUGGUGUCUCCCUACGAGGUUGACCACAAUGGAGACUACGUGUCCCAUGAAAUCACGCACCCCCAGAGGAGGAAAAGGGCGCUGGCCCAGCUCGGAGCUGACUCUCUGCACCUUCGGCUGAAAGGCUUCAGGCACGACUUCCACCUGGAUCUGAAAACUUCCAGCAAGCUGGUGGCGCCUGGAUUUCUCGUACAGACUUUGGGAAAGGGGGGCACUAAGUCGGUGCAGACUUUCCCGCCUGAGGAUUUCUGUUUUUAUCAAGGCUCCUUACGAUCCCACAAAAAUUCCUCAGUGGCUCUUUCGACCUGCAAAGGUUUGUCAGGCAUGAUAAGAACCCAGGAAGCGGACUACUUCUUGAAGCCCCUCCCUUCACACCUGGCAGGGAGCCCCAAGGACUCUGCGGGGGGUGGGCCUCCCUCCCACAUCCUGUACAAAAGAUCCACCGAGCCUCGGGAUCCGGGGUCCCACCAGGUCGCGAUGAUGGAGAGAAAUUGGCGGCCGGAAAACCGCCACCUCUUACACCACGAAGAUCAACCCCCGCGCGGCGGCUUCAGCCUCAGGCACCCACAGAAGCUGCAUUUCUGCGGAAGACGCAAGAAAUACAUGCCCAAGCCUCCCAAGGAAGACAUUUUCAUCUUGCCUGAUGAGUAUAAGUCGUGCAUAAGGCACAAGCGGUCCCUUCUGAAGUCCCAUAGGAACGAAGAACUGAACGUGGAGACAUUGGUGGUGGUUGACAAAAAGAUGAUGCAAAACCACGGCCAUGAAAACAUCACCACCUAUGUACUGACAAUACUCAAUAUGGUGUCUGCUUUAUUCAAAGAUGGAACAAUAGGAGGAAACAUCAACAUUGCCAUUGUAGGUCUGAUUCUUCUGGAAGAAGAACAGCCAGGGCUAGUGAUAAGCCAUCAUGCGGACCACACCUUGAGCAGCUUCUGCCAGUGGCAGUCUGGAUUGAUGGGGAAAGAUGGGACUCGCCAUGACCAUGCCAUCUUACUAACCGGCCUGGACAUAUGCUCCUGGAAGAAUGAGCCCUGUGAUACUCUGGGAUUUGCACCCAUAAGUGGAAUGUGUAGUAAAUAUCGCAGCUGUACGAUUAAUGAAGAUACAGGUCUUGGACUGGCUUUCACCAUCGCCCACGAGUCUGGACACAACUUCGGCAUGGUCCAUGAUGGAGAAGGGAACGUGUGCAAAAAGUCUGAGGGCAACAUAAUGUCCCCUACGUUGGCAGGACGCAACGGGGUCUUCUCCUGGUCACCCUGCAGCCGCCAGUACCUGCACAAAUUUUUAAGCACUGCCCAAGCUACAUGCCUUGCUGAUCAGCCAAAGCCUGUGAAGGAAUACAAGUAUCCUGAGAAGCUGCCGGGAGAGUUAUACGAUGCAAACACACAGUGCAAGUGGCAAUUUGGAGAGAAAGCCAAGCUCUGCAUGCUGGAUUUUAAAAAGGAUAUCUGUAAAGCCCUGUGGUGCCACCGGAUUGGGAGGAAAUGUGAGACUAAAUUUAUGCCCGCGGCAGAAGGCACCACUUGUGGGCGUGACAGGUGGUGCCGCGGAGGGCAGUGUGUGAAAUAUGGUGACGAAGGCCCCAAGCCCACCCACGGCCACUGGUCAGACUGGUCUCCCUGGUCUCCUUGCUCCAGGACCUGCGGAGGAGGGGUGUCUCACAGGGAUCGGCUCUGCACAAACCCCAGACCAUCGAAUGGAGGGAAGUUUUGUGCGGGCUCCACGCGAACUCUGAAGCUUUGCAACAGUCAGAAAUGUCCCCAUAACAGUGUCGACUUCCGCGCCCUGCAGUGUGCCGAGUACAAUAGCAAACGGUUCCGAGGAUGGUACUACAAGUGGAAGCCGUACACCCACGUAGAAGAUCAGGACUUAUGCAAACUCUACUGUAUCGCAGAAGGAUUUGAUUUCUUCUUUUCUUUGUCAAAUAAAGUCAAAGAUGGGACUCCAUGCUCGGAGGAUAGCCGUAAUGUUUGUAUAGAUGGGAUAUGUGAGAGAGUGGGAUGUGACAAUGUGCUGGGAUCCGAUGCUGUGGAAGACUCCUGCGGCGUGUGCCGGGGAAGUAACUCCAGCUGCACAACGCACAAGGGCCUCUAUGCCAAGCAGCACCAUGCCAACCAGUAUUACCAGAUGGUCAUCAUUCCUUCUGGAGCCCGGAGUAUUCGCAUCUAUGAAAUGAAUGUAUCUACCUCCUACAUUUCUGUGCGAAAUGCACUCAAAAAAUACUACCUGAAUGGACACUGGACAGUGGACUGGCCCGGCCGGUACAAGUUUUCAGGAACUGCCUUCGACUACAGACGGUCCUACAGGGAGCCCGAGAGCUUAACCUCCCCUGGGCCAACCAACGAAACAUUGAUCGUGGAGCUUCUCUUUCAGGGAAGGAACCCGGGCGUUGCCUGGGAAUACUCUGUGCUACGGCUGGGGGGUGAGAAGAAGCUCAGCACUCAGCCCAGCUACACGUGGGCCACCAUCCGCUCCGAGUGCUCCGUCUCAUGUGGAGGGGGGCAGAUGACCACGAGAGCCGGCUGCUACAGAGACCUGAGGUUCCCGGUGAACGCAUCAUUCUGCAGCCCCGACGCCCGGCCUGUCACAGGGGUCGUGCCUUGCAAAGUGUCCGCCUGUCCCCCCAGGUGGUCCGUGGGGAACUGGAGCGCCUGCAGCCGGACGUGCAGUGGAGGCACCCAGAGCCGGCCCGUCCAGUGCACGCGGCGGGCACACUACAAAUCGGAGCGGGUCUCUGCCAGCCUGUGUCCUCAGCCCGUGCCCUCCAGCCGACAGGCCUGCCAGCCUCAGAGCUGCCCACCCGCGUGGAGCGCCGGACCCUGGGCGGAGUGCUCUCGAACCUGCGGGAAGGGGUGGAGGAAGAGGUCCGUGGCCUGUAAGAGCACCAACCCCUUGGCCAGGGCGCAGCUGCUGCCCGACGCUGUCUGCACCUCGGAGCCCAAGCCCAGGACUCACGAGGCCUGUCUGCUCGGGCGCUGCCACAAGCACAAGAAGCUGCAGUGGCUUGUGUCCGCCUGGUCCCAGUGCUCUGUUACGUGUGAAAGAGGAACACAGAAAAGAUUCUUCAAAUGUGCUGAGAAGUACAGUUCUGGGAAGUACCGCGAGCUGGCCUCGAAGAAGUGCUUGCACCUACCGCAGCCCCACCUGGAGCUGGAACGCAUCUGCGCCCCAUUUCCCUGCCCUAAGCACCCCCUGUUCGCGGCUGCAGGCUCCCCACAGGCCGGCUGGUUUGCCUCGCCCUGGUCUCAGUGUACGGCCAGCUGUGGAGGCGGCAUGCAGACGAGGUCCGUGCAGUGCCUGGCGGGCCGCCGGCCGGCCGCAGGCUGCUCUGCGCACCAGAAGCCCGCGGCCUCCCAGGCCUGCAACACCCGCUUCUGCCCCAUCGCACAGAAGAAAGACGCCUUCUGCGAGGACCGCUUCCGCUGGUGCACGCUGGUGCCCCAGCACGGGAUGUGCAGCCAUCACUUCUACGGCCAGCAGUGCUGCAAGAUGUGCUCCGCGUCCAACCUGUGAGCCGACAGGGUGCAGGAGGUACCUGUGUCCAGCACCAGCGAGCUGCGUGGUCUACACCGGGGUGCGUCCAAGGAAGAUG